AUGGCUACCAAGUGCAUGCACGUUUUUGAUAGUUUGCUUCUGUGUUUUCCCACUUCUUGGAAUAAAAACAGCACACCAACUAGCAGAAGAAAAUUCCACAGGGAUGUGGAGAAAGAAGAAGAAUUUCAGUUUGCAAGUACUCAGUGUCUCUCAUCCUAUUACAGUGUCUUCGUGGUUCGCCUAGCAAUCAUGGUUAUGUUAGCUAUCUUGAUUGGUCUACUCACUAUCCUAACAUGGCAUUUCACAAAGAUUUAUACAACAAAGUCUCUAAAUAGUCUUGCUUAUGACCUACGUUACGAACUUUUACAACGUCCGAUCUUGAGGAUGUGGAACAUUUUGAACACUACUGCUGAAAUCACAACUGCUCAAGUUAAGUUGUCGGAGUAUGUUAUCAGAAGCCAUAGUAACCUAGCCAAUCAAGCAGAAAAAGUUCAGAUGUAUGAAUCCAUGAGGGCCGUAACAUGGGCACUGUUUGCUAGUCGAAAAGCUCUCAACUCGAUAACUGUCAAAUAUAACAACGGUUUUGUCCAGGCAUUUCAUAGAGACUUAAAGGAUAAUAAUACUUUUUACAUUUACACUGAUCUUGCAUAUAAUGAGACCAAUUCAUUUGCAGCAUAUGAUGGAAUUUCGAAUGACGAAGAAGUUCAUAGCAACAAGUCUGUGAUUUGGUACCGAGAACAGCUUGAUCCUGUCAGCGGUGAGAAGAUCGGAAAAGCAAUAAAAAUUGCACCAGAAAACUCUAUAAGCAUAGCUGGUCUGUCCCAAGUACCCGACGGUGUAGCUUCAUGGAACGUUUCUGUGAACAAGUUUACGGAUUCACCAUUACUCUCAGCAGCAUUGCCAGUUUGGGAUUCUUCUAAUAAGAACAUUGUUGCAGUUGUGGGAGUAACAACUGCACUUUAUAGUGUAGGACAGUUGAUGAAGGAAUUAGUUGACAAACACAGUGGUCAUAUAUAUUUGACCUCGCAAAAAGGCUAUUUGCUUGCAACUUCGACAAAUGACCCUCUACUGACAAAUUCAAGAAAGGAACCUAAGCUUAAAAUGGCUGUUGACUGUGAUAAUGAAGUAAUAAGAGAGGGAGCACAGUGGCUACAAAAAACCUACGGGAACGAUUUCCCUCCAAGCCAUGAGGUUCACGUAGAGAACGCCAGGCUAGGUCGCCAGCAAUAUUACAUCGAUUCGUUCUACCUGAACUUAAAAAGGCUUCCUCUGGUGGGCGUAAUAAUCUUACCGAGGAAGCAUAUCAUGGGGCAAGCAGAUGAAAGAGCCUUCAAAACAUUGGUUAUUCUAAUAUCGGCAUCAUUGUGUAUUAUUGUCAUUGGAUGUUUUUGCAUUUUGAUAUUGACAGAUGGAGUAUCAAAGGAAAUGAACCUUAGAGCAGAAUUAAUCAGUCAUCUCGAAGCAAGAAGAAAGGCGGAGGCAUCGAGCAACUAUAAAAGUCAAUUUCUCGCAAAUAUGAGUCAUGAACUGAGGACACCGAUGGCCGCAGUAAUUGGAUUACUCGACAUUCUUUUGUCUGAUGAUCAUCUCACAAAUGAACAAUGUGCGACCGUUACUCAAAUAAGAAAAUGCUCAACCACAUUACUCCGUUUACUCAAUAACAUCUUGGAUCUAAGCAAGGUGGAAUCUGGAAAACUUGUCUUAGAAGAUGCAGAAUUUGACUUGGGAAGGGAACUUGAAGGGCUUGUAGAUAUGUUUUCUGUGCAAUGUAUUAACCAUACUGUAGAAAUUAUUUUAGACCUUUCUGACGAUAUGCCAAAGCUAGUUCGGGGAGAUUCUGCUAGAGUAGUUCAAAUUUUUGCAAAUUUGAUCAACAACUCAAUCAAGUUUACUCUAUCGGGUCACAUUAUUCUGAGAGGAUGGUGUGGAAACUCGAAUUUUUAUGGUGAUAAUGAAAAUUUCACCCCAGAGCCGAAGAAAUGGGGGUGUUCCCCGAAGACCAGGACGAAGCAACAUGAAAACCAUGCAAAGAAGGCUUCUAAUAGUGAUAACAAAAUGAUAAUUUGGUUUGAAGUCGAUGACACGGGUUGUGGUAUUGACCCAAGUAAAUGGGAUUCUGUGUUUGAAAGCUUUGAGCAAGCUGAUCCAUCAACUACUAGACUGCAUGGAGGCACUGGUCUUGGUCUUUGCAUUGUCAGAUCCUUGGUAAAAAAGAUGGGUGGAGAAAUCAAGAUUGUCAAAAAGGAGGGGCCAGGAACACUAAUGCGAUUAUACCUGCAUCUCAACGCACCCGUGGAUGCCACACAAGACCACUGUCAAGUAGAUUUCGCUAACAACGGCUUAGUGGUACUUCUUGCAUUACAUGGCAACAUGAGUCGGUUAAUUACGUCUAAGUGGUUACAGACAAACGGCGUUGUCACUAUGGAAGCAUCUGAAUGGAAUGGAUUAACACAAAUUCUAAGAGAACUAUUUCAUGAAAGAACUUCAAUUCAUAAUAACAACGACUUUGAUGUACCUUAUCAAGCUCAUGAGGUUCUGAAAUCCAAAUUUCUGAGCAUACAGGAAUUGACAAACCCGACAUUUGUCAUUGCUGUUGAUAUUGAUCUACUUGACUUGAGCACAGAUAUAUGGAAGGAACAACUUAACUUCCUUCACAAGUACUACGGCAGAGCGAAAUUCAUAUGGUUGCAUAACCAUGACUCAGCCAAUACCAUAAAGACGGAGCUUCGCAAGAAAGGAAGAAUACUAACUGUCAACAAACCUCUUUACAAAGCAAAAAUGGUACAUAUUUUGGAAGCCGUGAUAAAUGAAAGAAAUGUUGAGGCACAAAAGCAAAAUAUGAUUACUUCAAGAUUCACUGUGAAAAAAGGCGAUUUGCAUGAGAGUCUAGAGAUUGAUUAUACUCAUUGUGAUGUUGGAAGCUCAGAUGGCUCUGACAUAUCUGAAAUCGGUAGUUCUAAUCUUGGUACUGCCAAUGGAGAUAAGCAAAGAAAAGAGGUACUUAGAUUCAAUCAAACUUCGAUAUACCAAAAAAGUAACAGCUUAUUAGGAUUAAGUAAUGAAUGUAUGGAAGGUAGUGAAACAAGAGCAAAAGGUGAAGAUUCUGAAGGCAGUGAAACGAAAAAGGUUAGUGGUUCAAGUAAAGCUAUAAAAGGAAAUAAGUCUCUUGAAGGUCUGAGGAUAUUGCUUGCAGAAGAUACAGCCGUAAUUCAAAGGGUUGCGACCAUAAUGCUUGAAAAAAUGGGAGCCACUGUUGUUGCUGUAGGUGACGGGCAACAGGCGGUGGAUGCUCUAAACGGCACGAUUGGUGUUGAAAAUUAUAGAAACACAAGAACAUCUGAAACUGAGAUUCUAAGUUUCCCUUCAUACGACUUGAUCCUUAUGGAUUGUCAGAUGCCAAAGAUGGAUGGAUAUGAAGCAACAAAAGAAAUAAGAAAAUCAGAAGUGGGAACUGGAUUCCACAUUCCAAUCGUUGCUCUUACAGCUCAUGCAAUGUCAUGCGAUGAGGCCAAAUGUUUGGAAGUGGGCAUGGAUGCUUAUUUAACAAAGCCAAUUGACUUUAAACUGAUGGAAUCUACCAUUCUUUCACUCACAAGAGAGAAACCUUGA